GGGCGGGCCGUACCAACACCCCCCCGGGGGAGGCCGUCCUCACCCCCUCCCACCGGCUCCCCGCGCCGGCCGCAUCGCUAACGGGAACCCCCCGUGAGGCGGACGCGGUUCGCGGUGUCCCCGAGCGGGGCGGGAAGCGUGGGGCGAGGCGAUUCGCCCCGGGGCGGGGAGGAAGGAGGCGGGAGGCGGGGGAGGAGGUGGGGGCCCGACCGUCCCCCCGUCCCCGCGGCGGGGUGGUGUGGCCCAGCUCCGGAGGGCGGGGGGCGGCGCAGCGCUCGCUGCUCGCCGCUAAACGCGCCCGGCGCGGGGAGGCGGCGGCCGGACCCGGAGCGGCUGAGCAGCCGAGCUCGGAGCAUGGCAGCGAUCGGAGCCGCUUCUCGCGUCUCGCCGGCUCCUCUCGGUCGUGGGGAACUUUUUCCAGCGGCCGGUGCCUCCCCGCGGUGGUGGCGGUGGCAGAGACGGCGGCGCCGGGCGGGUUCGGCGCUGCCCCCGGGGUUGGGGCUGCUGGGACUGGUGUUCUCCCGCUUCUGCUGCAGUGCCUUAGCUGGACCAGUUGUUGAUCCACAUGUGACAGCAGUUUGGGGGAAGAAGGUUGCACUGAAAUGCAUAAUUGAUGUAAAUGAAACAAUAACACAAGUUUCUUGGGAGAAGAUCCAUGGUAAAAUUUCAGAGACUAUUGCUGUUCAUCAUCCUGAAUAUGGAAUUUCUAUUCAAGAAAAAUACCAAGGAAGAGUGUCAUUUAAAAACUACUCACUUACUGAUGCAACAAUCAUCCUAAAAAAUGUAAGCUUUUCUGAUGCAGGAGAAUAUAUCUGUAAGGCAGUUACAUUCCCUCUUGGAAAUUCACAGUCGUCAGUAACUGUAACAGUAUUAGUUGAACCUGUUGUCAGCUUAACAAAAGGACCAAACCCUCUCAUUGAUGGUGCAAAUCAAACAAUAGCAGCCAUUUGUACAGCAGCCACUGGAAAACCUGCUGCAGAGAUUGACUGGGAAGGAGGUCUUGGUGAAAUGGAAUCCAGCUCCACUUUGUUUCCAAAUGAAACAGUGACAGUCAUAAGUCAGUAUAAUAUUGUCCCUACACGAUUUGCAAGAGGAAGACGAAUAACUUGUAUUGUGAGGCACCCAGCUUUGGAAAAGGAGAUGAGAUUCUCUCAUGUGUUGGACAUACAGUAUGCCCCAGAAGUUUCAGUAACUGGAUAUGAUGGAAACUGGUUCAUUGGAAGAGAAAAUGUUCAGCUCAGAUGUAAUGCUGACGCAAAUCCAUUACCUAUGGAAUUCAUGUGGACCAGGCUGGAUGGGCAGUGGCCUGAAGGACUGCUGUCUGUCAACAAUACUCUGCAGUUCAACAGCCCACUGACUUACAACUACACUGGGACUUACAUCUGUAAGGUGACUAAUUCCCUUGGUCAGAGAAGUGAUCAGAAGACCAUCUACAUAUUAGAUAUGCCAUUUAAGCAGACAUCUUCUGUUGCUGUAGCAGGGGCUGUGAUUGGAGCAGUCCUUGCUCUUUUUAUCAUUACCAUCUUUGUGACAGUGCUGCUGACCCCAAGGAAGAAAAGGCCAUCCUAUCUUGACAAAGUGAUUGAUCUUCCACCCACUCACAAACCAUCUUCACGUGAAGAGAGAGCAUUCUCUCUACCACAGAAAGAAACUGUGAUUCAGAAAGAACAUCUUGCUUUGCAAAGUCAGUAUGGAGAGAAAGAUACUGGAAACUUGCAGCACAUGAAAGCUGUGAAUGAAAGGCAACUUAUCUGUGAGGCUGAAGAGCUACAGGAACAACAGUGUCUUCAGCAUAUGUACCCUGUUUAUCAGCAGACAUACUACAAAAAUUGGAACAGCGGACACCCUCAAAACUCCGGACCUGGAAGAGUCUACAUCAAUCCAAGGGAGCACUAUGUAUGAUUUAUGUAUACUGAUGCUAGCUUUAAGAUAUGAGGUUUUGCAUAUUUACUGACCAUAGGACCAAUAAGUCUUGUUGGCUUCCAUUUCUAAAACAAUUGCUUUUCUUUUUCCUGUGGGAAGAAAUUGCAUGGCAGUUCUGUAUAAGUAAACCUUAUGGAAUUUGUGACUUAAUCUUGCUUCUAGUGUUUUGUAUGUAUUUUAGUAGUUACAGCACAAUGUCAACCUGCCAAAAGAGGAGAGAGCUAUCUGGCUUUAUUAUUUAUGCUUUAUAGGCUUAAGAAGUAUUAUUUACAGUUCAGUUAGUUGACAGACAACAAAAUGUGCUGCCCUUGUUAUAUAUGAUUCCAUAGGGAAUGUUUUCCCUUUAAAUGGAUAUUUUGAAAUUACUAACUUUUACAUAAGUAAGGUAAAUACUGUCAAGGGAAUUGGAUCCGUGGUGACAUGAGUAGUCUCAGGCUGUGAAUCAAUUCCUUUGCAUCUUAGAAAACUUGAGAUAAUUACCAUUUUGACUAGCCUUAGCAACCGGUUUCUCCACUGCCUCUACCUCUUUGAGUCAAAUGAGCAACUAAACUACCUCUCAAGUACUAAAUUACUGUUUUAUAAAAUGUUAGGUGUCUUCUCACCUUGUAAAAAUAGAUGCAAUUUCCUUACAUCAUCAGAAGCUUUUCUCCUUUUUAUUUGGAUCUUGGCUGUGAAUCGAUGUACUUCUUCAUUAUAGGUUCAGGUAGGUCUAUAUGAAAUUUAUUUGCUGGACAAGAAUUAGUAGAUAAAACUGUCUGAAAGCGUCUUACGUUUAAAUGCAUCUUAACUACAAAUUACUAUUUAGCCUUCUUCCUCAGUGAAGUGUUGUGGAGUUUCUUCUUGCUUGGCAGUUAAUACAUUUUAUGCUCUUUGUGGUAAAACUACUGCCAUGAGGCAUUCUCACGUCUUAGCAAGAUAAGGAGAGCUUUAGUAGUCUUCAAGUUUCCAGCACCAUUUUCUAAUCUUAGCCAGUACUAUGAAAUAACUGCUGAAUGUCCUGAUGCCUCCAGUGCUAACAUUAUUCCAGAUAAAUUUUUAUCAUUGUGGGUAAUGGUUGAAAAAACUUGCUCAGGAUCUUCAUAGAGAGGGGAAGGAAAACAAAAACAAAAACUUUCACAGUAAAACAAAUAUUCUGCAAGUAAAAAAGUGUAUAUUUGUAUUAAUGCCAAAAUGAGCUCAUGGGACUACUUAUUGUUGCUGUUUUAAAAUACUUCGUCUUGCUGACUGGAAUUACUCAGAAACUUGCACAUAAGUACAGAACAAUGAUUUUUCAGUCAGAUUACUUUAAGACAACAUUAAUUAUGUCUCUUUCUGAACUAAUUGUUGUAACAGAUUGAACAUUGCUUCUGUAAUAUUUGUGGUUUUUUCUUGAAGACGUUUGAAAUUAAGACAGGAAAGAGUCACCAUUGUAGAAACAAUAGAAUUGAAAGCUGAUAGGUAUAGUUAAAUAUGCUGUGAGCAGAAUGCUUUUAUGAAACUUGUAUUCAUCUCCAUUAUAGUGAAGUUAAUGACAUCACUAAUUACAAUAGCAUUAGGUAAAUAUGUCUAGUUUGUUACAGGAAGCAGCUAGAAGCUGAUGGCUUAGAUGUUCAUGUUCUGGAACUGGAUGUUCAUUCUUUACUUUUGGAGCAACUUAUGCAAAAGCAAGCUGCUUAUUGAGAAAUGUUUCCCAUUAAUUUCCAUGGGAACUAAGACAGAUAAAAAGAGCAGAACAACACUAUUUGAUAAAGCAAAUUCUCAGCUACAAAACACUUGUCAACAGUCAUCACCAUUAGCUAAUUAGCAGGGAUGAGCUAAUUGAUGUGUUAAUGGAAGCAUUCAUCAUUUCAUGGUGUGGCAGCUGUGCAUGUUUGUCUGGAAUGUGGCUUGUCUUUCAUGUUGUGGCCACUGCAGAAACAUACCACCUAGCACCUCACUGUGCUCACAUCCACUGUUUGGUCUCCAUUAAAUGUUCAGUAAGCAUCAAUGGAUGUCAGUGGGUGCAAUUUUUUUCUGCACGGAAGAAUUCAGUGGCGGACCUCUACUUCAUACAAACUUCCAUAUCAGAUGCCAAGUUGAUAGCUAAAGGAGUGGUGGAGUAAAUUGUUGGUGAAGAUGAUGUUUGGGAGCUGUUUUGAACCACUUGAAAACUUGCUGUUACGGACUAAUGAGCAUGCUCAUUUGAAUUCUGAACAACUAUUCUCAACUUGAAACCUGCUAUGUUUGGGACUUGAAUAAGGUCUUCUGCAUCCACAAAUUUUUCCAUUGUCAGUUGUUUUUUGAUAUUAGACAAAUAUCACUGAGCAAAACUUGAUAUGAAAGUGUCUUGAAUAUGCAUUACAGGUGGUUCAAAACUUGUAUUAUAGUAAUGCUUACACUAAAUUUGUUAGCUCAAUAUGAUGCUCUGAGCAUCAUAUUGAUGAUAACUUCCUAUUGUGUUCACAGACUGGAAUUCUGAACUUACACUUUAUUUCUUGUUUGCAAGUAUUUUGUUAUGAAGAGUUUGAAACGGUGGGGUGAGGGGAAGAAUAAUGUUAUCAACAAAAUUUUUAAUUUUAUUUGAAAAGAAUACUAAGAAUGUGAGAGUAUCCUUAAGAAAGAUGUAGUCUGCCUGUGUUGCUCAAGUUAUUUGGGGGGGGUCUGGGUGGGGGGAACUUAUAGAAAGUCUUGCAAGCUGCCUGUUAGCAUGUACUUUUCCCUAAAGUAGUCAGGAAAAUACAUUACUGUGGUUAUUAUCUGUGAGGACUUCUUUUUGUAAUCCAUUCAGGGAUAUUUAGAAUAAGUAUUCUGAGAUGUUGCCUACAGUUUUGUGUGUGGCUAGAUGUUCUGGGGUGGAGAUAUUGCAUAGAGCUCUUUAAAUAUGAGAGUAUAAAUAGGUAGGAUUUUGCACAGAAGUUGCACACUUAGAAGUUUCUGCCUUUUUAAGGUCUAGAAAAUGUCUUAUUUUUGUACAUAUUCAAAUGUUUGUAUUUUGGAUUAUGGCUUAAA